UCGCUCCGUGUCUGUCGAUUCAUUCGCCUCGGUCAUCCCCUUUGUGCCGCCGCCACCAGGAGGCAGACGCGGCGACGCCAUGGCCAUGGCCGCCGCUUGACCGGCCUACCACGACGCUGACCGCCAGCAGUAGAGGAAGAAUAUCGUCCUCCACAGUCUUCACUCCUCCCGGUCUUCGUCCUGUUCCCGUGAUCCCGUCCGGUGCGGCCAUACUCCUCUCCUCAGCUCUGCACUCCGUCCGCAGGUCAGUAGGUCACCAUUCAUCUUUUAAUUUGAAGCAAACUGAUGGCAGCAGUUAGCACUUGUUAUUGCUGUUCUGCAGUUCGUGUACGCGGUUAUUCAUCAUGCCUUUAUGCUUCCGUUCUGUAGUGUGUAGUGUGUAGUCUGUACCCAUGUAUGUAUGUACUCUGUACCUCGUAUUUACUUAUAGAUUUACUGGAUUAGCUUAUUUGUUUGAAUUUGAUGUUGAUAGAUUUAUAUGAAUCAGAUUUCUUAUCAUACUUCUAGUUAUAGAAUUAUAUGAAUCAGAUUUCUUAUCGUACUUCGAGUAGAUGAACAUAACGAAGAUGAAGAUGACUCCUUUUAUGAAGAGAAUCGGGGCAGUGUGACAGAUUGGACCUUCGAAUACCGUUGAGUUUGGCGCCAUGUUUCCCGAACUUGAGACUUUGAAAGUUUAUUUCUUGCAUAUGUUGCAUGUAUGAGAAGCUUGUUAUAUCAGACGAUUAUCAGAUUAUGUUCCUUGUUUAAAUUCUGGAACCUUGGAACUUGGAAGUAUAUUUUCAUUGUUACCUGUUUGUUCACUUGUUGGCUUGCUCCUGUACAGUGUACAUGCGUCAACUAUGGCUGGAGCCAGACCUGGACGCUGCUAGCCUGCUACAUGCAUGAUGCAUCUUAAAUUCUUAAUGAUAUAUGCUUUGCUUUUGCCUGAAUUCAUUUUUAUAUAUAUUUACAUCUUUAUUUCAGCAUUUAUGAACAAAAAAAUACCAUUUUAUAUCUUAAAAAACCAGCUAGUGAACCGAUAAACCAAUGGUUCGACCGGUAAAAACCUGAACCGAGAGCCUCGCCGGUUCGGUCACCAGUCCGGUUUUUAAAACUAUGCUUUCUACUUGUCCGGCGGCUCUUCUUCGCCUGGGGACUGCCUUCUUAUUAGCCAAGACCCGCAAGAUCCCACCUACCCGUCACCGCACGCACUUCCCCGUCGUGAUCGAUGAGGGGCUCCACGGCUCUCAUGGCGGCGCUGCUGCUGCUGGUGUCGCUGGCGGCGGCCGACAUCCCCAUACCGCACAGGGAAAAGAGCGAGGAGGAGAUGAGGCUGAUUUUCGUGGAGUGGAAGGCUAAGAUGGGGAAGACCUACAGCUCUGCCGGCGAGGAGGAGCGCCGUUACGCGACGUUCAAGGACUCGCUGCGCCGAAUCGACCAGCAUAACGCCGCCGGGAUCCACUCGUACCGCCUGGGGCUCAACAAUUUCUCCGAUCUCACCCAGGAGGAGUUCAGCGCUACCCCCUGCCUAGUUAUUCAGUCAGUUCACGACAAGGACAAGGCAGCGUGGAGGUUGAUUAUAUACAUGCUGUUUGUUUGUGGUUUCCUCAUUGUUUACUUCAUUUGGACCAACUGGCUGGCCUGUGGGUGGGGAAGACUCUUUGUGCUUCAACAACUGAAGCCAUGUGGUCUUGAUGAAAUCAUACAAGAGCAUGAGAAAAGAAGAGAGGGCGAAAGCAAACCUGCACAAAGUUGUCCAUCCUGAGCAGCGAGAGGCCGUAGAGCCUGAGCAGCAGGAGCGAGUUGGCGAGGCCGUGCAGCCUGCGGCGCAGCCAGGAGCUUCCCGGCGGCGGGCGGAGGGUAAUGAACACGAAGCGGCCGCCGUCCCAGAUUCUGAGCCAGUCGUCGUCGCCGUCGUCCCUGGCGGAGAGGCCGAGGAGGUCGGCGAAGCGGCGCACGUGGAGGUUGCGGGGGUGGAUGCCGGCCUCGAAAUCGUCCCCGCCGAUGGUGAUGGUGGCGAGGCGUCCGCCAACCUUUCCCCGGCACUCGAAGACGCGGAGCUGGGGGAGGGAUGUGGUAUAGUUGGUGCGGAAGAAGGCGGUGGAGGCGCCCGAGAUGCCGCUGCCGACGAUGCAGAUGUCGUCGGCGGUGGCGGUGGCGGCGAGGAGGGAGGGUAGCAGGAGGAGGACGAUGGGGAGGAGGAGGGGCGGCAUCGAGAAAGUCAACGCUUUCUGAAUAUUUUCUUCCGUAGAAACCAUUUUCCUAUUUUUUCAUGAGAAACCAUUUUCUUUUUCAAACGGCGAUUUUGACAGAAAUACGCCUUUUGACAAAGAAAAGCACGGAAUGACCCUCUGUCCAAACUAUUUCACUGGACUAACCUUUUUGUGUGGC